AUGGCUCUGUUCGGACGAUGGGCUCCUUCGCAGAAACGAAAACCAUCUCCGUGUUCGCGGCAAGGCUGGCGCCCUCCAGCUCUACGAUGGUGGAAUCUUGUCAUCACCAUACUCAUAUGUUGGUUUUUCAUUGCUGUUCUUCAGUAUUAUCUCCACAAGAGUCAGACUGAUGGUGGUGUCAUCUUCGCUUCGAACAUCAAUGAUCUGCCUCUUCGACGCUCCUUCGCGUAUCUCUACAUGCCGACUAUCAUCGCCGUCAUCUUCAGCAUCUUCAUUGUGUGGAUUGACAACGACGCCAAGCGCUUCGAGCCAUAUCGCCAAAUGUCCAAACCAGACGGCGCGUUCGGCAAAGACUCGCUGCUACUUCAAUAUCCUUUCGACUUCAUGCCUUUUGUACCAUUUACUGCAGCUAAGAGAAGGCACUGGCUGGUUUUCUGGGCUUCCCUUGCUACAUUCCUGACCACAUUUGGCAUUGUUCCUCUCCAGGCUGGUAUCUUCGCGAACGAAAACGUCACACGUACCUUCGCACAAACAUUUGCUGUGUCAGAAAGAUUCAUUCAUUCGACAUUACAGGAGUCAACACUUACAUUGAGUUACACUCACUCUGCCUAUGGGAUUCUUAACCUGAACGAGACGCUGCCACCUUUCAUGACACGGAACUACACCCUUGCACCCUUUACUACGAGUACACCCAGCAGCCCAGCCGAUGAUUCGGGCACCUGGAAGGCCAACACAACUCUCUAUAGUAUGGAUUUGGAAUGCGAGGAUGUAAACACAGUCGUUGUGACGAAAAUGAGCGAGUUGGAAGACUACACCUCACCCAUGACGCGCUUCAACAACUCCGUUGGAUGCUCGAUCCUCCUCGGCGAUUUCAACAACGACACUAUCGGCAGCAUAAUUGAUACUAAGAGUAACCAAUUAAUCCCCCUUAGCGAUGAUGUACGAUACAGAACCUUCUCGAGCUUUUUCGCGGGUUAUUUUGUAGGGGAUCGUUUGUCGACAGAAGAGAUUGGUUAUUCAUUGGGGCGCCCUGCCUGCAACGGGAGUUUUUUCGCAUCAUUCGUUCGUAACAAACUCAGCGAAAGCGAUCCACCCAACAAUCUCACUGCAAUAUCCUGUCGACUAAGUUACUAUGAACGAGAUGUGGAUGCGACAGUUGACGUUGUCACGAAGACACCACUCAAAGUCGUUCCUCUUGGGCCAAAGCGGCCUCUGUCUGUCGGUCUAUUCAACUCCAGCGACUUCGAGGGAACACUCACUACUGGCUAUCAUUCAGCGGGAUUCAGGAGUGAUACUUUGAUGGGAAAUGGUAUACCUCGAUAUCUCGAAACGAUCGACGAGCUGGACUUGACUCAGCUCCAAAGAUGGAGCACAGGUAUGGAGUUCCCUCCAAUGACUGCAAUGGCUAUCACGACCUCACAACGCCCCAUCGAAGCCUUCUUGGAUCCGCUCAUCCUGGGAGAAGCCUACGCAAACGCCUAUAGGCUUCUGUUUGUUCGUGCGAUGGUUGAUAUCCUAGCGACUGACUUCUCUACAUCAACACGAGAAGUUGCUGGUCAACGCGUAACACAUGUUGAGGCAGUAGUGCUGACACCGGUCUUUACCUAUCUUGUUGAAGGCCUUCUUGGAGCGGUUUCGGUCGCGGCAAUCGCACUGCUUGGCAUUGGCGUGUUCAGAUGGAAGAGUAUAGAGCUCAAAGACGAUCCAGGCUCUGUUGCUGCAGUCAUGUCAAUGGUCGCCGACAGCGCCCCUCUGGUCGCGAGCUUCGAGGAUCUGGACUGCUCUUCCACAUCUUACCUGCAACGAAAGCUACGAAAACGAGGUUACCUCCUCUAUACCGAUGAUGCUUGCAGUCGCAUCACUGAAGUAACACCGCCUAUCGAGUCCCAACAGCGCUUGUUAGAAGAUUCCAAACCAGAAUCAACAGAUGAUCUGCGAGUCAUAGGACCCAUUAGACCUACAGAAUUCCGGUUGAUCACUGCUAUUCCUUUCAUCACUCUGUUUGUUGUGCUGAUGAUACUCCUUGCUAUCCUAUUUGUCAAAAGUCGGCCACAAGGUCUACCGUUACCCUCGAAAAAUCAGACCGUGCAAAAUCUUGUCACCGAAUAUCUGCCAACAGCAAUUGCAACUCUUAUAGAACCUACGUGGAUCCUGAUCAAUCGUCUGCUUUGUGUAUUACAACCACUUGAAGAGUUGCGAGGCUCUAAAGCACCAGCAUCGAAAUCUAUCUCGUUAAAUUACACGUCACUUCCGCCGCAGCUUACAAUCGUCAAAGCUAUGCGUGCCAGACAUCUAGUGCUAGCCUCAGUCUGUGCAAUGUCACUUUUGGCGAAUCUUCUCGCGACAAGCUUUGCAGGUCUAUUCUAUCAAGACACAACUUACAUGUUUCAUCAGACUGGGUUCCCGCCGCCAUACGAGGCACAAUUCGUGAGUAUCAAUGGUUCUUCUGGCCCACCAGUCGACGGACGUCCUAUCGCAGCGUCUCUCCAAUAUUCUGGCGCGUAUCAAGGAGGUACUGGCGAAGUACAAUUUCUAGUGUCCGAGUCGAAUUAUACCCGUAACACAUCAUUGCCGUCGUGGGUAGAUGAGACUGCCAUGUAUCUUCCUUUCAGAGCCGCUGACUCUACGGCGCAACUUACAGAUGGUAGCUAUCGAGCACGUACGAAGUACUUCACCGCAAAGCCGAACUGUAAGCCCCAGGUCUUCGGGCAGGAUUAUGAAUUGCGCCUCUUUUUUGAGAUCAAAAUCCCUGACACAGCUGGCGUGUCGACGCUUUGUUACGCGCCUCAAAUAGUGACUAAAGAGUUCGGCGAGUCACUUGGCCAGGGCAGCCGACCGAUUGUUGCUGGAGAUCCUUGUCCAACUGGCAGAACAGCCGCGGAACUGUUGACGACGUUGAUCGCUGGGCGCAACGCCAGCAAGCAUGACUGGGACACUUGCAGGUCUGCUGUAGCCGUAGGAUGGAUGCGUACGACGCAAGGGAAUUGUACACAUCCCCGCAAGUUCAUACCCACAGAUUUCGAGGAAGCGAGCAGCGAAAACACAUUCUUGAUGACGUGUCAACCAACAAUUUCGGUUGGCGACGCUGAUGUUCAUGUAAACGGUCAAGGCGUGUUGCAAUCAAAGGUAUCGGAAUUCUCACCAGACGCCGAUCAGAGUGCGGAUGCACUCAAGAAGUACUCCACCAAUGGGCUGGAUAGUCUUGUGGCACAGUCAAACCUCUUCAUAUUCCGCGGACGGUACUCUGGUUAUCACAACGACUCAUUUGCUAGCGAGUACCUCCACUACUUCAUCAAUCGGGCGGUAGGAAAUCUAUCGCUGACCGAUCCAACUGGGCCGCUCCCUACCUAUGCAGACAUAGAAAAACCAUUGGAAAGGGCGUAUGCGAGGCUCUUCGCAAUCUGGCUCGGUAUCAAUCAGCAUCUCCUUUUCACGCCAGCAACAGAUACAACGACUCAGAUCCAAGGUUCGGCAAUCACUCAGGAAGAACGCAUAUUCUUUACGGUUCCUCUCUUUAUCAUAUCCGAGGUCAUCCUUGGAAUCUACAUCAUCGUUUCUAUUAUUCUAUAUCUCCGUCGCCCUGGCCGCUAUCUUGCACGCAUGCCUACUUCUAUUGCCGCUGUCAUCGCACUCUUCGCCUCGAGCGCCGCUGUCAAGGAUCUCCAGAGUACGAGCCAUAUGUCGAACAAAGAACGGGAGAAGUACCUGAACGAUUUAGACUGUAGAUACGGGUAUGGAAGUUAUGUGGGGGGUGAUGGAAGUGUGCAUGUGGGCAUUGAGAAAGUCCCGUACGUAAGGUACAUGAAAGAGACUCGAUUCGAGCAUUCGAGGGUCGAUCGAGAGAUGAAGAGGAGAAAAGAGGCGAAAAAGGAGGCGGAGACGACGGUGGAGUACGUUCCUUUGGAAGAUCUGGAGGGGAGGGAAGGAGAAACACGACAUGCUCCAAGCAGCGGAACAUGA